GGACGGACGAGUCCCACAUAGUGGGGGGAAAACUUCAGGAUGGCUGAGAUAUGGCAGCUCAGCCCGGAUUCCAGCUCUCCCAGGCCGAGGAAGGCGACUACCACAGCGCGACUGAGAUGCAGCAAGCUCUGACAGACUUUUGGCGGCCUCUUCACAUUUUGAAAGGGCGGAAGAGUCCUACCUGGCGGGUCGAAACGUCGGAUGUUAAAGAUACGGCAGGUUUGGGGCGAAAAUGCGAUCAGCCCGGUUUCCAGCUCUCCUGUGCCGAGGAAGGUGACUACCACAUCGCGACCGAGGUGCAGCAAGCUGCGACAGAGCGUUGGAGCCAGCAAGCCGAGCAUUCCCGACACAUACGGCAGUUCUUCGCGGCAUCGACACUAGACGACAGCCGUCACGGAGCGCACGGCUUUGGUUUUUUCAGGGAGGCGUGCACGUAUUUGGUGACAUCGAUUUGAGGCGGGAUUCCCCUCAGAUAUUUUGUCUUUAUGUCUGUUGUUGCUGUUUUGAAGUGUUUGGUUCCCUCUAAUUAGGGAUAUUUUCUUUUACCGUUGUUGUUUGUAAAGUUGUGCUUGUGUUGACACAGUGACGGCGACACAGACCUGGACUAUUAAGGAAUGCAGUCGUCUAAGGAA